UCCUUUUCCAGUAGACCGUUAGAAGCCUUCGGGUGUACACCAGAAGAAGCUACCGAGGAUACCGAGAAGUCGUGACAAAGUGAAAAAGCCAAAAAGUAGAUUAAUUGUCAUUUGAGUCUAAAAGCGGUUGGAUAAUCCCCCAACAAGAAUCGCUUCCAGAACGUGUGUUGGAAAAACCAUCCGACGAGUAACUAAAGUGCGUGAGAACUAGUGCCAUUUGGAUUCAUCUGGCGGAAUAAAGAAGCGAGAUCUUUUUUCUGACUGCGAAAUCCGGAAAGUUGCUUUUGCUUCAGCCAGUGUACGAGUAGCAGCAAUAAUGCCAAGGGUAGUAGGGAAAAUGAGCAGCUUAGCGGCCGUAAUCCUGCUGAUUAUCGUCGGAUUAGCGGUUGAAGUUCGUACCAAAAUGAUCGACGUCGGAGGGGAAAAAUCUGCUGCACAGAAGUACUUUGAUGCCGUUGCACCGGAAGAUCAUGAAAGAUUCAUCAAAUAUCACUUGGACAAGGGCCUGGAGCAACGUAUACCGCAUCAUGUCAGCACCACUCCGGAUGACUUCGAUUUCAUCGAAUUCCAGGGAAGCGUUCGUCAACCGGAAAACUUCUCCGUUAAUUUGCUGAACCACUUCAAGAGUGUUUUCGGACUAACGGAUCGCGAUGUGUACAACUACGUAAGCCGCAACGUGGUAUGCACUCCGCAAGGCCAGUGCUUCAACCCGGGAGAUAUCGGUCAAAUUUGCUGUCCAUUCUGAUGCGUGAGCUGAUUAACGUGUCGUAAAAUUAUAUACAUUUUUAAAGCAAAGCUAUUUUAACUAUUCGAUUUGAUAUAUAUUAAGAUGCAGAAAUAAAAUUUUUUAUCGGAC